GGGCGUGUGAUCUGCGUGCACGCGAGCCGCGUGUACUGUAUGUGUUUCGGUCCCGCUUGGCCGCUCGAGAUGAUCUGUCCUGGGAGUCUUCGCCGUCGCAACAACUUGACUCCUUCCGCCUCCUCUUCUUUUCCUGUGCAAGCUCCUCGCCUCCUCCUCAAUUCUCCGCUUGCCGGUCCAGGAAUGUUGAUCAGCUUGGCCUGAACCGGCGCUCCGGUGUCUGCACCAUCACACGACCGUGCGUAUCCGCAAGGGUCGUAGCCUAAGUUCAGUUAGGUUGCGGUGCCAUCCCUCUGCGCAAGGCGGCAGCUCAAUUUGUGGUUUGCGCUCACCCCCUUCACACCAGGCCUUCUAUUUCAAGUGAGUGCUCACUAAGCACAGACAUGAUGGGGCAUGAACUCUGCAAGACUACAGGCUGCCAAAAGCCUGCUGACUGCACAUAUUGCUCAUAAUUAUAACCCGUGCAAAGUAUACUCUUCUUUCUGCAUCAUUCAUAACGUCAAGGAUUUGUCUUGAUCAAUUCUGUAAACCGAAGAAAAUCGCAUGCAUAUUUUGUCACAGAUGCAACAAUUUUUUGGGAAGAAAAAAUGUUCUUGGUAGCAGCUAGACCAGAAAUGUCUUUGAAGGUGUAAAGUGACGUCUUAUUUUACAUUUAAGCUUUUCUUUCGGCUCACACACACUACUCUUGUUCUUCCUGAAAUGUAUGUACUUAAAGGCACAUUAAAGUGGAGGAGAUCUCCUAUUAACUUGGAUUGGAGCUAUAAGAGCUUGUGCUUGUGCUCUAGGCAGCAUUCCAUUGGGUCUUGCGUCAGCCAGCAGUCAUUCAGCACUAGGUAGUCUAGGCUCAUAUACUGUUAAUGCCCCCCUUCCUGAUGUAAUGACACCAUUAACCCAAUGCCUGCUGGGGGACCACAGCAUAGUUUAUGUAUGUCAAGUUACUGGAUUUAAAAGCAACUCUUCUUUCUGAAGCCAAAUGGUCAGGUGGGCUGUCCGUAGUCGAAAUGUAACCCAGUGACAAUGAGCACUUUGGCACAAGCUGUGUGAUCAGACUCUUCUGACUUGUAUAAAACGUCUUUAUUGAGUUCAUUUGCUAAGUACUUCACUGUUGUGAAAACCGAUUUGGAUAUUUUGAAAAAUACUGAAAGUCCCAUGUAAAAUAGAUUCAGAGGGUUGUUUCUAAAUACAUUGUAGAGAGUACAUAUCGCAUUUAACGAUUUUCAUCAUUUGUGUUCCUGUUUUUUAUGCAUGCGUACGUGCAUGUGGGUUUGUGUUCUGUGUGUGUUUGUUUCUAAAACAGCAGUCCAGUGAUGCAGCAGCCAGCAUGAACCCCCCUUUCUGUGCUUUCUGCGGACUUGUGGUGUAAGAUGUGACUACAAUGUCAGGGAAAGCCUCCUAGAACAUUGAUUUGGGGUUUAUCAGAGACACUUCAAAUUGUGGCAGGUCCGUCUUUCAGCAGAACUGACCCAACUAAGUGGCUUAUAGAAAAUAAUUGAACUCAAAAGCAUGGCUGUGGCUGGAUGUCCCGACUAUUUCCUGCAUCAUCCUAAUUAUCAGCAGGACAAUAGAGAUCGAUCCACCAAUCACAGACAAGCGAACCUCAUUGGGCCGGGCUUCCAGCAAUCAACGGACCACAAUUCGCCAAACCAUCAAGAGGAUGAUCUUGAUUUAGAAGCCCUGGUGAAUGACAUGAAUUCUUCCCUGGAGAGCUUAUACUCCACCUCCAGUGCCCAGCAAACAGAGUCUACAUCGCUACUUCAAAACGGACAGACCUCAACUUCUUCCCAGCAACCCCACAACCACCAUCGCCCUAACACACACCACGCGCAACUACAGCAGGGCCAUCAUUUGCUAAGCCAUUCCUCACACAAACCACCCUCCUCCGCGUCCAUUGAUCUACCGCAAGCAAGCCUAUGCCGAUCACAACCCAUGCACAUCCUGGCUGUACGGAGGUUGCGUGAAGAACAGCAACAACUGAGGACAUCCUCUCUCCCUGCCAUCCCCAACCCCUUCCCUGAGCUCUGCAGUCCGGCCAGUUCACCUGUCCUCAGUCCUGGGUCGCUUCCUCCCAGAGAACCUUCCACCGGCAUAUAUAUUGUCAAGAUCUCCACUGAAGACGGCAUGGGCAAAGUGGUGGAGAUCCCGGCCGACAUGACAGCCAGGGACCUUUGCCAGCUCCUGGUUUAUAAAAGCCAUUGUGUAGACGACAACAGUUGGGCGCUUGUUGAGCACCACCCGCUGCUGGGGCUAGAGCGCUGUCUGGAGGACCACGAGUUGGUGGUUCAGGUCCAAGCUUCCAUGAGCAGCGACGGGAGAUUCCUCUUUAGGAAGAACUAUGCCAAAUAUGAAUUCUUCAGAACUCCCCAGACAUUUUUCCCAGAGCACAUGUUUGCAUGGUGCCAGGAAUCCAAUCGUCCCAUUCCAUCAUCGCAGCUCCUGCAGAACUUUCUAGCAACCAGCAGUUGUCCAGAGAUCCAGGGUUAUCUGUAUGUGAAGGAAACGGGCCGAAAAUCCUGGAAAAAAGUUUACAUGUUCCUGCGGCGCUCAGGGCUUUACUGUUCUACAAAAGGAACCUCAAAGGAGCCCAGACAUCUCCAUUUACUUGCAGACCUUGAAGAUAGUAACAUCUUCACUGUCAUCACAGGCAAAAAGCAGCACGGUGCACCCACAGACUUUGAGUUCUGUAUCAAGCCCAAUAAAUGCAGAGGGGAACUCAAGGAUUUACGGAUUCUGUGUGCUGAAGAUGAACAAGGCAGGACAUGCUGGAUGACCGCCUUUAGAUUGUUUAAGUACGGGAUUCUAUUGUACCAGAAUUAUAAGAUUCCCCAGCAGAGAAAAACCCUGCUCUCACACUUCUCAGCACCCGUGCGAAGUGUGUCCGAGAACUCUCUGGUGGCGAUGGAUUUUUCGGGAACGAUAGGCCGCGUAAUCGACAACCCCGUGGAAGCUCAGAGCGCCGCUAUGGAAGAGGGACACGCAUGGAGGAGGAAUCACCGAAUGAACAUCCUCGGCUCCCACAGUCCAUUGCAUCACUCCUCGUUAAACUCGGUCAUCCACAUGGCCCAGCUGUGGUUCCAUGGCAGAAUAACCAGAGAAGAAUCCCACCGCAUUAUCCACCAGCAGGGGCAAGUCGAUGGCUUGUUUCUGCUACGAGUCAGCCAGAGCAACCCCAAGGCUUUUGUGCUCACAUUGUGCCAUCACCAGAAAAUCAAACAUUUCCAGAUACUACCGUGUGAAGAGGACGGCCAAGUCUUCUUUAGCCUUGACGAUGGUGCCACCAAAUUCACCGACCUGAUCCAGUUGGUGGAAUUUUAUCAGCUCAACAGAGGAGUGUUGCCUUGUAAACUCAAACACCCAUGCACCUUUGUGGCCUUAUGACACCUCCCAUCGUCCAAUGCACCAACCCUGGUGCCUCGGGUCCCGAACUCCCCGUCCCCCCUUCCCAGUUUCACUUGACCUGAUUCUGCCCAAAGCAGAGCGAAUGUUAAUAUUGGUUGAUUCUUCUAAGAAGUUUGUGAAUUGACUGGUGUUUCAUUGCUGUUUUUUUUUUUGUUAUUAUUAUUAUGAUUAUUAUUAUUAUUGUUGAUGAAAGUCCGCCAGAUACUGCUGAUUUAUUGGAUUUCUUUUAGGGUGCAUUUGAAUGUUACAGAAUUGCACGCAGAGUUGCGUAGUCAAGAGGAGAGCAUGAACACUGCCAUUUGCGUCGAUGUUUUUUGCAAAAACUGGUCUUUGUUAAGCUGAGAACUCAGUGAUCCUCCAAGAUUUGGAAUCUCGCAGCUCAAGUGAAGGCUGUCGCCCUCAUGUGGACAAUCAGCAGAACAGUGAACCCUCUCAUGUGUGGACCACUCUUCUCUUUGAGAACUGAAGGCUCGUAGGAACCUCUCGACUUGUUCUCACACAAGACUGCGUUGAUUGUCUCUUUUUGUUUUGCACUCAUCCAACUGGGAGUGGCCUUUGAGGGUGCUGGACUUCUCCGUUGUUGGAAUUACUUGUAACUGUGAGAUAUGGUGUUGCCGCCUUCUACUGUUUGUGGUUUGGUAUUGCAGCAACAAGAGAAAGAAAUAGUGUGUGUAUAUAUAUAUAUAUAUAUUAUAUUAUAUAUAUAUAUAUAUUAUAUAUAUAUAUAAUAUAUAUAUAAUAUAUAUAUAUAAUAUAUAUUAUAUAUAUAUACGUAUAAUACAUACACACACACACAUACACACACACACACACACACACAUACAUACAUACAUACAUAUAUAUAUAUAUAGUGAGUGAGGGUGAGAAAGAAAGAGAGAGACUGGACAAAUUAGUCUGGUAAAAGUGGAUUAUGGACACUCUUGAAAUGUUGCAACAGAUUAUUUUUUUAAUUGGCUGACAAUACAAAAUAUGUUUUGUCCUUCAUUUAUUUGCAAAGAGUUUUCAUUUUUGAACCCAUCGUUUGCAAUUGUCUUAACAUUCUGAAUGUUUGAUUCUUCGCUGUCCACAUGUUCUACACAGUCUUGUCCAGUUGUUGGUAAGUUCUAUGAAGAAAUAAAACGCAAAUAAUUGUGUCAGUUCUGGGAAAGCUAAAUGCAACAUGUACACAAGUGUCUGUUGGUUAGUAUAGCAAAAUUGGUUCUCUUAAUACACUUUCGAUAGAGCAGGCAAGUUGUAAGACAAAAAUCUCGCGCUUUACAAAAAAUCUUCUCAAUUCUGAAUUGCUCUUACCGAAAGUCCUCAAGGUGCUGUUAGGCAGUGCCUGUAAAUGUUAUUGUAACUUGGAAUAUAAAUUGGCGUGCGCUUGAUGACACGCAAUACUGUCCAUCCCAUUUAUUGUAAAUCAGCCUUUUUCUAUAAACUGUGAGCAUGCAGUACAGCACGCCCUUUGCCAAAUUGACGUCAGAUUGACGACAACCAACAAAAUCAGCAUUCUGAAUCUCAUGCAUGUUUUUUUUCUGUCACUGGUAAUUUUGCAGGUUGUCAUUUUGGAUCCUGUUUAUUGUGCUUAUAAAUGUUCCUUGUGUUGCCCAAACUUAGAUUCUAAAACAUUUUAAGAAUCCAUUUCUACAUAUAGAUAUUUAAUUUUUAGCAUGUGUCCUUAAGAAAACUAGAUAACCAGUUUAGCAAUAAAAAAAUCUUGUUAGUUUUAUUAUUUUACCUCAUAUUUUGGCAGGUUUGUAUAAAUGUUUUGGCCAACAUAAUAGGAAGACACCUCAGUUCCAAACUGCACUAUUUGUAUUGAUGUGUGCCUAAUAAGCAGCUGUGAAGAGAGAUGUUUGGAACUGUAAAAAUGUGACACUUGUAGUUCCCCUUGCUCAGAAAUGUUGCAAAGAAUGUUGGAGUUAAUUCUAUAAAUUAUAGCUACUUGCAUUUUGUGGAACACUGAUGAGGCUCAGCGUGUGAUGCAUCAAACUCUUAAUGAGUUCAUUUGCAUGCACUUCAGAUCUGAUGGUGGAUUUUCAUAGUGUGUCAAAUCCCUGAAGCGAUUUGUCUUUAUUUGGCUUAGUAUGUUAUACAUUAGAAAAGGAAGAUUACAACUCAGUGCCUUUAGAUAAGGUGGGGAUUUUUUUGUUUAUUACAUUUUUUUUUUUCUUUUGUAACUGAGUCAUUACAUUUGAUUGAAUUUGAGGAAACAACAACGUCCCAGGAGUAGCCAAUCGUAGUAAAUUGUCGCUUUAUAGUAUAUUCCAUCCCAUUGAUUAUGAUGCAGUCACCCUCCAUUAUGACGCAAGCGGUUUAUAUUUUGUAUUCUGUUCAAUAACUCUUUGUAGAUGUUCACGCGUAAAUUUCUGUUUUUCGUUUUGUUACCUCUGUUUGCAUUUGUCCCAGGAAAUGCGACAUUUAACAGCCAUCUUUAUUUAGCUGCUGGUUGUCCUUAAGGUUUAUUGAACAAAUGAUUUGCAGUAUAGCCACACUAUAUUGACACUCUGCAUGGUCACCGUUAUCUUGAAAUGCAAUGAUGAAUCCUUUUUUGUUUGUUUUGUUGUUCAGCAAAUAUAUAUGUAUCUGGAUGUGACUGAUCUACUUGAAAAUUUUAGAUUGUUUUUUUUUCCCUUCAGCGCUGUUCUGUAGUAGUUUUUUUUACCAUCAAAUAAUUGACCAGUGCGAGUUAAUAUAAUGACUAUUGUUUUGACAUAGCAUCUAUUGAUAUAUAAUUUUUAUGAUGAUUUUUUUUAUUGUUAGAAUGGACUAUUCAAAGAGAAAAACUACUUCAAGAUAUAUGAAGUUUUAAAGCACACUGGUAUCCUAAUGUUCAUGUUCAUGUCAUUCCAGUUGACAAGAGGUGGAAUGUUCAUUCACAAAGCAUCACAAUUUCUGUUCUUUUAACCCAUUAAAUAUAUUCUUUUCUCGGA